AUGAAGGGAAUCACAGAGAUCGACGAGCAGGCUGCCCUUCUCCUCGUCCGUGCUUACAAAGCAGCCCACAUUGCCGAAGGACCCAGGAUCAGGUCGGAAGUGUGGCAGGAGAUCGCUCACCAACUCAACAAACAAAACACUCGCAACCUGACUGUCGCACAAUGGAAGAAGCGGAUCAGCAACAUCAAGAGCUUGGUCAAGCUGAAGCACGACAUGGAGAGGUACGCUAUUUCUGUCACAAAAGCUGUUUUACGAGACGGCUUAUCGCAUUCAUAACAAGAGGAUGUCUAGUGUAAUAUGUCAUAAAACUGAAUGUCUUUUUACUCCAGUCAUCUAAAGUAAUAAUUUCAGAAGAGGCCGGGCAGUGAACUGGACACCGAUAGAACAAGAGUAUGUCAGACUGUUCCCCCAGAUGGACGACCUCAACUUCGACUCCUCCAUCUCGUCCAUGAACAAGUCUCCCGAGCUAGAUCUCGACCUAGACGAGCCAGCUACCAUGGUGAAGACUGAAGUAGACUGGGUGGAACAGACUGUCUUGGGUGGAUCUCAUUCCUCGACUUCGGAGCCUCAGGCAUCUCUCGAUGGUGCCACUAGUCCUUCUUUGGAGGCUGAGCCAAGUGGUACAGAACGAAGUGCAAGUGUACCAUUACCUCCAAUACUGGACCUACGUAAUAUACUGGCACAGAUGACUGAUACACAAAGGAAACAGCAUAUGCUGGCUUGUUUGAGAAGCUUCAGACAACAGAUCGACUUGUUCACUGACUUCUUGGAGCACGAUCUUGCUUUGGCAGGGAUCUCUGUGUAA